UAUUUCAGCCACAACAAAGUGCCUCACUUCCGGUUUAAUAGAGAAGCUCAGCUCCGAGCGCGCGCACACACACUUACACACACACUCUCUCAGCGCGUUUAUUAUAUCACGGAGAGAGUUUAUUAUAGAAUUAGUUACACAGACCGGCGACGGUGUCUUGUGAUUGGCCCAGUCUUUAUCGCCAGCGGCAACAGACCCUCCACCUGAAAAGAACUAGUGGGUGUCAGAUAAACUCUAACCACACGCACACACACCUCACCGGGCGUGUUUCUGAUGUCCACCCUGGAGCAGAGUGAUGUUCUGCAGCGGUUGUGUGUGUGUGUGAUCUCCCACAGAUAGAACUCGUGGAACGCGUGUCCUCGUCCAGUCCUUUGUGGAUCCGAUCCGAGAGAUAGACGCUGAAACACGCUGGUCGGCGAUGUCUAGUCUGUCUUCGCCCUAAUGGCCGCCCCGCGCGCCGUCUCCGUGCCCGACUGCAGCGCCGUUAUUGGAUAUGACUGAGGUCAGCUCGAACCCGUUCCUGUUUUCGUUUCGAACACGUUGGUGAUCAAACCAGUGUCGCCAUGCUCACCCUGAACUCCAAAUGGCGCUAUUUGUUCAUGCUGCUCAGCGUGCAGCUCAUCGUCAUGGCCCUCCUGUCUAGAGACGCUUACCAGAAGAGGGUGACCUACUUUUUUAGGAUCUUCCGCAAAUCGGAUACGCUGAGCGGUCCGGGCGGGUCGGGGGCGGGUCACGGGAGCAACCGCACCGGCGCCGACGUCUACGCCAACCUGUCUCAGCUGGCGCUACUGCCCAAUAAAGAGGAAAUGCGCUACUGCCCGAAAACAUCACCACUACUCAGUGGGCCGAUCCAUGUCGGCUUCCCCUCAGGACUUACACUCGCUCAGGUAGAGAGGAAGAACCCACUGGUGGUGCGCGGGGGGCGCUACAGACCGCCGGACUGCGAGGCCUGGCAUCGCACCGCUGUAAUCAUUCCCCACAGGAACAGAGAGCCGCAUCUGAAGUACCUCCUGUACUACCUGCAUCCGUUCCUACAGAGACAACAGCUGAGCUACGGCAUCUACGUCAUCCACCAGGCUGGUAACUACACAUUUAACCGAGCGAAGCUGAUGAACAUCGGGUUCCGGGAGGCGAUGAGGGAGGAGGACUGGGACUGUCUGUUCUUCCAUGACGUGGAUCUGAUCCCCGAGGACGACCGCAACACGUACACGUGCGACAAAAACCCCAAACACGCCGCCAUCGCCAUGGACAAGUUCGGCUACAAACUGCCCUAUAAGGCGUAUUUCGGCGGCGUGUCAGCACUGAGUCCUCUACACUACCUAAAGAUGAAUGGCUUCCCAAACAACUACUGGGGCUGGGGGGGUGAGGACGAUGACAUCGGUAUCCGAGUGUCUCUAGCCGGGAUGUCCAUCAGUCGUCCAGCUCUGAGGAUUGGACGCUACAAGAUGAUCAAACACAAACUGGACAAAGGCAACGAGGUCAACCCGAAAAGGUUCAAUUUGUUAGCAAAGACUCAGCAGACAUGGAAGUUGGAUGGGAUGAACUCGGUGGAGUACGAGCUCCUGUCUCGGGAAUACAUGCCGCUCUACACCAACAUCACCGUCAACGUUGGUACCGAGCAUGGCCUGCGACCUCUGACCCCUGACCCCAAGUCCAAAGAGCGUGCAGAAAACCGGCCUGGACGCUGACAUACACAUGCUCGCGCGCGCACACACACAGUGCAGGGUCACUGUCCGAGUGGGGGGGUGUGGCUCGGGGGCGGGGCCUCUAGUGCAUAAAUCAGGUUAUAAACUCGAGUGCCAUUUCUUUUUCUCUCUCUUUCUCUCUUUCACUCACUCAUGCUGAGGGUGUUGUCGGUCAUGCGCACAAACACAGUGACAGUCCUACACACCCAUCUGCACAGGCUCAGGUGUGUGUGUGAGUGUGAGAGAUUCACACCAUAGUUGCCUUAAACACAAAUCCUCUCUCUCUCUCUCUCUCUUUCCCUCUCUCCCCUUUUCUCACGGACUUGUAUGGAUUUUUAAUUGCUGCCUGAGGAACUUCCUGGUUUCAGGACACCAGCGCCGAGGCCCAGAGGAUCAUGGGUAACGGAUCACCCUUACUAGCUGAUGAGUAAAGACUGCUGUCCUCUGGUGAAGGGGGCGUGGCCUAAAAUUAUGUACUGUACAAGAAGGACUAUUUUAAAAAUAACACAAUCAGAAACGUUUUAUAACGUCAACUGCUGCUUUACAUAUUCACACCACAUCCUGUCUGUCCCGCCGUCUGUCUGUCUGUCUGGCCAUCUGUCUCUACUUGCUACAUUUCUCCAUCAUGGCCUUUAUAGAAUAUCUUAAACACGUCGAGAUUAUUUUCCGCGUAACAGAUUUGCGUUAGAGAAGAAGGAGAGAACAGAAGAAAUCGGAAUCUGCAAUUUAGGAGGAUUUUGUCAAUCUGAAAAUCUAAUAGCGCUACAGCAAAAUAAUUAAUAGUAAUGAUCACGCCUCUGUAGUUAGCUGUUAGCUGCAAAUUGCUAAACCACUUACGAUUGUUACACGGUUCUUGCUAAAACGUUAUUCGUUAUUGUGAUGUUUUGAAGAGGGUGUGGCCAAGAGGGAGCUUCUGAAAGCUGAAUAGGCGGAGCAAGAACUCGCACAUGGUGCUUAAAUGGAAUCACUCAAGCUUUUAUAGAACUUUUUUUUUUCCCUCUGUUUCCCCCCCCCAAAAAAGUGGUUUUAUUUGAGGCCGUUUUUGGCCGUGUUAGCAUAAAUAACUACAAAAGUCCGAUCAUUAGUGCUAGCUGGUUAGAGUUACACUGAUUGGCUGCAGGUAAAAGUGUAAGAAAGUAACUAGCUUGGUAGUUAGCCAACUACUGUUGCAUUGUAACUGUAAAGAUUGCAACACUAAAUUGUGCCACACCCACCUCCGAGACGUUGAGGACAUUGUGAUUUGAGGUUGUUAAAUGGUGACUUACGGGUGGGCGCGUCAGUUGUGAGGGCGCUGGUGAUUGGCUGUGGUUUGAUUUUUUUAUUUUUUUUUUGCAAUAAUGCCACGUUAGAUGUUUUUGGGGUUUAGGGGACGUCUUUAGGACUCCACAGGGUCAUGAUGGUCUUAGCAGGUCCAUAACAAGUUUAGUGUUUUUAUAUAUAUAUGUGUAUAAUUUUUUUUUUUUGAUGAUUGAUGUAUCGAUGGUUUGAUACGUAACCCGUGUUCCUCUGUUGGACUUUUUCACUCACCUGUAACUGACUCUCAAAUGCUCUUAUGUCGUUAUCGCGAGUAACGCUCAGAGACAACCAAUGUAAACGUAUUUUGUUCCCAGAUUUUGUUAUGAAUCUUUUGCGAGAGCUUGCGUGGUGAACAGGAUUCUGGGAUUUUCCAAACAGUAAUGUAUGUUAUGAUUGACACACGUCCAAGCUAAAUAACAAAAUCACGCGUCUGCAUUCUGCCUCUUCCUCCCAGUGAUGUUCGGCGUUUCCACAGGAUCCCUGAGGUUGUGCACCUGAUCAUCGGCCCAUCAUUUAAACCUUUAUUUGUACGAUGCCAACACCUGCUUUUUUGUCAGAUUUUUUGCUAGACGUCCCCCCCCAGAUGAAGAGGGACAGAAUGACUGAGACAUUCUCAGCAGCGCUGCUAGCAUAGGGCACGCGUCGUGUUUAGAUUGAAUGUUCGUGUGAGCGCAUCCUGAGCGCUGUCUCCUAAAUAAACACUACACCCACAAGCUCGCUCGGGUGAAAUCACUACCAGCUCCUCUCUCUCGUUCCUCCGGCGUGCCACAGAGGAAAGACGUUAAUGACGCAUGCUAACAUUGCUAACAGAUAAACAUCUCGCUAGUUUUGUGUGUACGUACGCUCGUGUUAGCAGGCUGGGAAUGAGUGAUGGAUCCGAUAUUUCACAGCCGAGCCGAGUUGAGGAAGUGGACCUGGUGGUGAUGUCAUCAAGCUGAUCAGGUUUAACCCAAGCCCCGAUCUUGUUGAAUGCGUUGUGGUUUUACUGUUACGGUUGCUAUGGAGACAGACGUUUUCCUUGACUUGUUUUGAACUGACGCCUGUCCCGUGCCGAUUUUGUUCUCAUAUCAAUAAUGACGUUUUUAUAAGCAUGCUUUCCGGCUUCAUCAUCGCGAUUGUAGAAUUCUGGAGAUCACCUCCACGCCAUCUGAUGAAGGUGAUGAUGGACGCAGGGCUGGUGUGUGCACCGUGCUCCAGGCUGAUGGAGUGUUUUAUCUACACGUGCCUAUAUUUGUGUGUGUGUAUGUGAGAGAAAGUGAGUUUGGGUGAUUGUUGAUUUGCUGGUAGAGGGACAUUGUGAUUAUUUUUGUAAUAAAAUCUGCACAUGCUACAUAGUGGCCUUAUAAUAAUGAUUAAUAAAGUAAGAGUUUAUCAAAG